CUCCAACAAUCGUAUCGGCUGCCUCGACGCUGGCAUUUUCCAAGGACUGGCCAACCUCAUCCGUCUAAACAUGUCAGGAAAUAUUUUCUCCAACCUGCAGCCUGGAGUCUUUGACACACUGCUGUCUCUGAAAGUUCUUGAUUUUGGCACAGAAUAUUUGACAUGUGACUGCAACCUGCGCUGGAUCCUGACCUGGUCCAGGAACCAUUCCAUCCAGAUAUCGGACAAGACGUUGUGCAUCUACCCCAGCAGCCUGCAUGGGAAGCCACUGCGGAAUACCAGGGAGAGCCAGAUGCGUUGUGAAGGGACUCCGGAGUUGCACACCCACCAACUGAUCCCAACCCUGCGGCAAGUGGUUUUCCAAGGCGACCGCCUCCCUUUCCAGUGUACAGCCACCUACCUCGACAAUAGCACCCACAUCCUUUGGUAUCACAACCGUGCCCUGGUGCAGGGGGACGAACACAGUGGCAUCAUCCUGGAGGAGAGCCUUGUCCAUGAUUGCACCUUAAUCACAAGCGUGCUCAUCCUAUCCAACAUCCAUGUCUCGGCCAGCGGUGAAUGGGAGUGCACCAUCUUGACGGCUCAGGGCAACGUUAGCAAGAAGGUGGAUAUCGUUGUACUGGAGAUGUCGGCAUCGUACUGUCCGCCUGAGCGAGUCACCAACAACCGCGGAGACUUCAGGUGGCCGCGCACAUUGGCUGGCAUUACCGCUUACCAGUCAUGCCUGCAGUACCCCUUCAUGUCAGGGAACAGUGGGCCCGGACGAGAGAAGCAAGCGUGGAGGCACUGUGACCGCACAGGCCAUUGGGAAGAGGGGGACUAUUCCCACUGUUUAUACACCAAUGAUAUCACCCGUGUUCUCUACACCUUUGUGCUGAUGCCCAUCAAUGCGUCCAAUGCACUGACUCUGGCACACCAACUUCGUGUCUACACAGCUGAGGCUGCAAACUUUUCAGACAUGAUGGAUGUGAUCUAUGUCUCCCAAAUGAUUGAGAAGUUCACCAGUUAUGUGGACCAGAUUAAGCAGCUCACGGACGUCAUUGUGGAGAUGGCUAGCAACAUGAUGCUGGUGGAUGACCAUGUUCUGUGGAUGGCUCAGAUUGAGGACAAGGCCUGUACCAGCAUUGUCCGCUCCCUGGAGAAGAUUGCCAGCUAUACCCUCAGCAGCAACUCUCAGCAUGUUGCCGUGAAUUCCCGGAAUAUUGCCUUUGAGGCGUACCUAAUCAAGCCUGACAGCUAUGUGGGCUUGAGCUGCAUAGCUUUCCAGAAGCAUGAAGUGAUGCUCCCUGGCCGGCCUCCACGCCAAGAGCGGUACACGGAUUCCUUAGCAGACCAGCAGCUCAAGUUCCGGUGUUCUACCGGCCGGCCAAACAUCUCUCUGGCCAGCUUCCACAUCAAGAACAGUAUCGCUCUGGCCUCCAUUCAGCUCCCUCCUGGUCUCUUCUCCUCGCCCGCUCCUCCUCACCCACCACCCGCCAGAUGCAAGCUCCAGUUCCUGGUUUUCCGCAACGGCAAACUCUUCUGCAGCACUGGAAACUCUUCUCACCUGGCUGAUGACGGGAAGCGGCGCAGUGUGGCCACACCAGUGAUCUAUGCAGGAACACAUGGCUGUGGAGUGAGCAACCUCACAGAGCCUGUCAUCAUCUCGCUGCGACAUUUGGAGGAGGGGACGGACCGUGUGGCCGCUUACUGGGACUUUGAGGUUUUAUCCGGUUAUGGUGGCUGGAGAGGAGAAGGCUGCCAGCUGGCUGGUCUGGAGCCCAACAUCACCACUGUGAGCUGCCGGCAUCUCAGGAACGUUGCUGUGCUGAUGGAGCUAAGCAACUUCCCCCGUGAGUCGCAGAAUCCAGCUGAAGUGCUGCACCCAGUCAUUUACAGUUGCACUGCCCUCCUCCUCUUGUGCCUCUUCACCACCAUUAUCACCUAUAUCAUCAACCACAGCUCCAUUCAUAUCUCACAGAAGUGCUGGCACAUGCUGCUUAACCUCUGCUUCCACAUCGCCAUGACGUCAGCUGUGUUUGCAGGUGGCAUCACUCUCACCAACUAUGUGAUUAUCUGCCAAGCGGUUGGCAUCAUCCUCCACUAUUCUUCUUUGUCCACUUUGCUAUGGAUGGUGGUGAUGGCGCGCGUGAUCUACAAAGAGGCUACGUGGAAGGCCCCACAGUUGCCAGAACAGGAGGUGCCCCCGCCAGCCCCACGCCCAAUGCUACGGUUCUACUUGAUUGCUGGUGGAAUCCCUCUCAUCAUCUGUGGGAUCACAGCCGCUGUCAAUAUCCACAAUUAUGGAGAUCACAAUUCCUACUGCUGGCUGGCUUGUAGGCCAAGCAUUGGGGCGUUCUAUGUGCCUGUAGCUUUCAUUGUGCUUGUCACCUGGAUAUAUUUUCUGUGCUCUGGGAUCAGCUUGCAAGGCCAAGCCAAGAACCCGAAGGAGACACCCAAGCCUUUGGAAACUCGACCGCGUCUGGGGGGCAGCAGCAAUUUCUUGACUGAUUCAGGUUCCAUCUCAGUCACUCUAAAUCCCGGGCCCCACGGUGUUGAAGUUGAUGGUAUCUACUCUUUAAGAGUGCAGUUCUGGGCCCUUGUGAUCACCCAUUUCUUGUACAUCGUCCUGUGGACGUUUGGGGCCAUGGCAGUCUCCCAGCAGUGGUUUCUUCUGAAAGUUGUCUUCAGCUGUCUCUACGGCAUCACAGCGGGAGCAUUGGGACUCUUCAUCUUCGUCUACCACUGUGCCCGCCGCCAGGAUGUGCAAAGUUCGUGGUUCACCUGCUGCCCGUCUUACAGGAAUGCUUUGCCCAUGCAAGCCUACGUCCACCCUGGGGUCGGGGUGGAAGAUGGCUCACAGGUCUUCAUCGGUUGCAGCCCCGAAGCGGCUCAGUCCAUCAAGUCUUCAUCUUCCCCCAGUAGCACUAAUUCAGCCCCAGGGCCCUGCAAGCUCAACAACCUGCAAGUGGCCCUUGGGCAGGCAGAGGUGACCCCUUUGCCCCCCACCAGCUCUGAGGAUGCAGAGCCUUCCAACAGCAAGAAUACCCCGCCAGCCAGGUAUGCCAACAACUUGCACGGGCGCAGCCGGCACCACAAAAGCCGGACUAAGCAGUACAGGGAAGGGAAACACCAGCGUCUGAAGGCACUGCGGGGGCCUUCCUCUGAGCAUCCCACUAGUGAGAGCGGAAGCCUCCACAAUAGCCAUUCGGAGAGUUACCAAAGCAGCCGAAAUAGCCCAUUGAACAAUCGGCGUCUGGGGGUGGUGCCAAGCCUGGAGUCAGCCCUGACACAGUCCGAUUUGAGUGAUGGCAGUGGCAAUCACCAGGUGCCAGAUUUUGGCCGAGCCCAACGACGAAGCGCCAGCAGAGACAAUCUCAAACACCAGGCCAGUGCCACAGCAGAGAAAGAGACGAAGAGGCGAUCCUUUCCGCUCAAUGCACCCAAUCAGAACGGAGCGUUGAAAGGCAGCAAGAAACAGAAAGCUGAGGAGAAGCUAGAAAAUCGUUUGGAAACUUAAUGAUGCUGGUUGGGGAAUUCUGGCAGUUUGGUUCAAAAAGUAGAUUUUCCACCCUCUGCACUGAAUGCAACUAGAUAGUGGGAACCACCAUUUUAUAUUUGUUGCCCACACAGUUAUUUUGCACCCAUCCUUAGUUGGUGAAUGUCGUAGACUCAAGUAAAAAAACAAACAAACCAAAGUAGAUCUAACAAGCCACCACUUUGCACCAGACUCAUAGUAUAUUGGGGCAGUUGUUCUUCCCACGCCUGUGAAGCUUUGCAAACCUGGCAAGAGCUGGAUGACCUUUGAAAGCUAUUGGAGCUGAAUUGGGCUCACUCGCUCCUGGGCCUGGGCUGUUUAACGCAGCAGGGCUUUGACCUUCUCUGCCCAUGCUGGAGCAUUAACAGCACCCCUGCAAUUAUAAAGCACCCACGUUUUGUCCAGAGAUGGCAGAGAGAACAUCCUUUCCUUAAUAUGGUUAAAAAGGCAGGAUCUUGUUCUUGGGAAAACACCACCUUUUCUUUCCUGUUCCUCUAGUUCUAGUGAACAUUUGAACUUCCAAGGUUAUAGAGAACAAUGUGUGCUACAAGAGGUGAGAGGACAAGCAAGCAAGAAAAGAUGUCAUUAAUUUACGCCAACCCUGAAAAACGCAUUGUGCAACUGGUUCCCAUGCUGGCCAAAAGAAGGGAGCCAGGAAUGUUCACUGGAAGAUCAAAGGCCAUUGAGUAAACAUGUGGAUCCUGCAAAUAGCAAUCCCCCUUUUAUUUAAUUUUUUAAGAGUAAAUCAAGGCAACUUGCAGUAAAUUAAAAUCAGAGACAUAGUGGUGGCUUAGAUCCCUAUAUUACACCCUUAUUUAGUGAGAGAGAAUUCCCAUUUUAUAAUACCACGAAACAACAUUAUACCCAAAUGAGACGCUAUCUGUACCAGUGGUUCAGAUGGAAGCAGAGUUCGCUUUUCCUCUCAAGGAGCAGAAACAGGGGCACAUGGGAGGCUAAGGGAAGUAGUAGCCCCACAGAGCACGUUGUAUUGAAGAAUGUAUACCGUUAGAACUGUAGUUCAGAGAACACAGUGCCCCCUUGGGUCUACUCGGAGACAGCCACUGCUUUAAUACUCUGCAAUAUGGCUAGCGUUUAUUUUUCGGCAGGCUGAUAAUAUUUAUGGGCUUAGUCAAAAGGCUGAAUAGCCACCUAUCAGCAAGGCACACUAAUUAACUGCAGUAAUUAACAGCAAUGAAUGCAUGGUGUGAGAAAAUAAUGCAUGGUGCUUUAUUUUUUCAUCAACAAAUCAUCAUUGUACAUGGGGUGGAGGAGAAAAUGAAAGACCUCGACAACAGAACAAAUGUUUUGAGAACAGACACAUGGAAUGGGUACACGGAAG